UCAAAAGGAGCGCAAGUCGUACCUCUUCCUUCUCCAUUUGGCGGUCGAUCAGUACGGACGUGAGAGUGUUGUUAGCUCGUGUAGUGUAUUUAAUUAUUUGUUAAAGCGCGAUUUAUAAUUGUGUUUUAAGUGUUUUAUUAAAAUAAAAAAAAAGUAGAAUAAAUAAUGGCCGAUCAGGAGAACAAGGACUUCAGCGAAGAUAUUGCCGAUCAAAACUUCGAGCAGAACGGCGAAGCAGAGAACGGCGGCGGGGACGCCGCAGAAAAUGGCCAAGAAUCACAGGAGGACAGGUCAACCGGAGGUAAUCAGGAUUCUUUAAAUGAUAGGAAAUUAUUUGUGGGUGGCUUAAGCUGGGAGACUACAGACAAGGAAUUAAGGGAUCAUUUUGGUACAUAUGGGGACAUUGAAAGUAUCAAUGUCAAAACAGAUCCUAAUACCGGACGGUCGCGUGGAUUUGCUUUCAUCGUUUUUGCUAAAGCCGAAUCAUUAGAUAAGAUCAUGGCAGCCGGCGAUCAUAUAAUUAAUAAUAAGAAAGUUGAUCCUAAGAAAGCAAAGGCUAGACAUGGCAAAGUCUUUGUUGGUGGUCUUUCAACAGAAUUGUCAGAUGAUGAUAUCAAGCACUUUUUUUCUCAGUUUGGAACGAUUGUUGAAGUAGAAAUGCCAUUUGACAAGACAAAGAACCAGAGGAAAGGUUUCUGCUUUAUUACAUUCGAAUCUGAACAAGUAGUAAACGAAUUGCUGAAAACUCCUAAGCAAACAAUUAAUGGUAAAGAGGUCGAUGUGAAGAAAGCAACACCUAAACCCGAUGGUAUGGGGGGAAUGCGUGGUGGCGCUGGUGGUCGAGGCGGCCGUGGUGGUAGAGGAGGUAGAGGUCGCGGUUUUGGCGGUCAAGGUGGCUGGGGUCAAGGCGGAUACGGAGGUGGAUAUGGCGGCGGUUACGGUCAAGGCGGUUAUGGCGGUGGCUAUGAUGGAUACGGAGGAGGCUACGAUUAUUACGGCGGUGGGUACGGCGGCUAUGGUGGUUACGACUACAGUGGAUACGACGGCUAUGGCUAUGGCGGUGGUAGUUACGAUGGUGGCUACAGUGGUGGGCGCGGUGGUGCACGCGGUAAAGGAGGCUCAGGCUACGGCGGAAAGCAGAGGGGAGGUGGUCGUCAGAACCAAAGGCACCAACCCUAUUAAUGGAAAUCAUUCAUUGCGACCGCAAUGCAAUUCGCAUUGUAACCGCUGGUUUCCUGUCCAUCCACAAAUCUCAUAACUCGUUAAAUCAUCAUUCCAUUAAACCACGCCACUUUCAGCAAGAUUUUCAACAACGCAGACUACUGCCGCAAAAUAAAAUGAAUCAUCAGGAAUCACGACAAAAACUGUAAUAGCUUCACAUUUUGCGUCUAGCAAUACAUCUGUAUUAUCAAGACAACAAAAGCAAACAUAUAUACAUAUAUAUAUUAUAUAUAUAUACAUAUAGGUACACAAUGCUUUCUUCCAUCUCUCGUUUACCCUUUUGUACAAAGUAAAAAAUACUUCAUAUUUUACAUUGGUCCUCUAUCUCAUUUCAUCUUAUUUAUCAUUAAUUUUUUUACCGUUAGUAUACGUUACGUUGUUCAGCGUAAGGCAAUGUCACAUCGCAAUACGUUUGCAAAUUAAUAUUCUGUUAAUACACAUAUGGAAUGGUAUGAAUGCUGGCGUAAUAAUUAUUCCAAACGUAUAGACAAGAUGCCUUACAAUGAAAUAUUGUAACGUAAUAUUUUUGUGCAAAUGGGAAAGCAGAAGAUGAUAGGAAAUAAUUUAAAUACAGAUAUAUUAGGAACAAUCAAGUUUUCUUAUUCAUCGCUUGGGACUGCUGAGAAGUACCUACGUCCCUAUUUUUAACAAUAAGAUUAUUAUAAUUUGUUUAUAAACUAAACUUAAUAAGAAGAAACCCACUAUAGAAAAGUAAGCAGGCAAUGUACUUUUUACACGGCUAUGAUAAGACAAAAAUGAAAAGUACCGAAUUGUUUAUAAUGAUUGUGUGAGGUAUGAAAUGAGGUAAAAAGAUUAUUGCUUCCUUAUUGGUAAGAAAAAUAGGAUAAAAUAAAUUGAUUUUGUGUACAUAAUAUAUACCGCGUAUGUUUGUAUUUGUGUUAACCGAUCCUAAUAAUUUAAUUUUUGGAAAACAGUAUGUACACAAUACUUCUUUAAAAUAUAGUGAUAAACAUCUAUACAUUAGAUUUAAAUAAGACUGACACAAAGAUUUAGUGAAUUUGUAUUACAAACAAUAUUUUGCUGAUUCUACCACAGUACGUGCAUCGAGCUCUAGAUAUUCUUUCAGUUUUUACUCUACACUCAAGAACAACACAUACAUACAUUAUAUUUAUAUACCGAUAGUUUCAUUCUAGGCAAAAAACAUCGUAAUAAGAUUUUUAAAC